UGACCCUUUCCCCAUGAUGCCUCGGUGCACUCUCAUCUGAGCGCAGAGAUUCCGGUGGACUCCAACAUCUAGUGCUCAGGUCAUCGCCGUCUGAAUCCCAGUUUAGUACUGGUUUUGACAUUGUGCAAUCUGAUGGAAAUGAGAUCCACUCCCAGCAUGUUUGUCAAAUGGGAGUAAGAAGAAAUAAGAGACAAGUAAGAGACAUGCUUGCGACACAGCUCACUGACUCUGUUCAAGAGGCCAAAAAUGUCAAACAGUGGAUCAAGGAGAAGAUAGCACAGACCCUGAAGACGCUCCAGAAGCGCUACGUGACCACAGAUGCACCGGUGACCAGCGAGGACUCAGAGGCCAACCAGCUCUGCUGCGCUCUGGAAGCCGUCUUCAUUCACGGCCUUCGGAGUAAACACGUCCGCACGGAUGGAGCGGGAGCACGCAACCGAAAAGGAGGCUCACUUCCUCAGCCCGUCUUCUGGAACCUGCUUAAAACCAUCACUCACAGAGACGUGAUCCUGGAGCUGGAGGGUCUGAGCUUCAUCAACUCGGACGUAGGCCGGUGCAGAGCAUGGGUGCGUUUGGCGCUGAACGACGGACUAUUGGAGUGCUACCUGACGUCACUUCUCAGAGAGAGCACCAAACUGGGUGCCCACUACCAACCUGGUGCACUGCUCCUUGACCCUGAGGAGCGUGAGGUGCUGCUCAGCCUUCUGCAGGGCCUCGCCUCGCUUGCGUUCCAGCUCUCCUACAAAUCUGCAGUGCUCAAUGAGUGGACCACAACACCGCUGGCACUUGCCGGUCUAUGUCCACCUCUGCCUACGGAUGAUUUGUGGCCUCCCGCUUCACGCCGAGAAUCCUGGGAUACAGCAUCGCAGUCAUCUGGAUCCGGGGGUUCUGGGAGAGGUCAGGAAGGAAGGACACCCUCAGACAUCAGCCUGGACACCACUGGGUCUUGCCAUCUCUCUUCCAGCUUUGGCUCGGAGAAAGAGAGCUGGAGCUGCCAAACGGAGAACAAGAGCGCACUUGAAGAAAUGAGUAGCUCCUCCAGCCAGGAUAUUAUAAACGAUGUGCUUAGCCCCGCUGCAGACAGUAUGAUCGAGUCCUCCAUGCACAGCAGUAGCGAUGAAGAUUCAUCCAACAAACAGGAUAUAAACCAAAUGCUUGAACCUUCCAUGGAGUCCUCUGUCUUUAACGCACACUCAGUGGUUUUGGAAGAAGAGCCACUGGGAGAAGAAUUCGCAGAGCCUUCAGCUGCCCUUGUAAAUAUAAUAAGCCCGAUGGAUGUAGAAGACGUAAAGCAGGAUGAAGACUCUCCUGCCAUUUCCUUUGAUACCACCACCACCACCCCCGUGCUAACCUGUCAGGUGACUUCUGACUCCUCGACUCCUCCAAACACUCUUACUCUGUCGAUUUCUAAUAACGCCGAGCUGGUAAAAAACUUGGACCGUGCUUCUAAUGAUCUGAGCAAGAAAACAUCUGCAGGCUCUGUCAGUUCUCACCAUAAAUCCAGGUCCUGGAUCUCAGACGAAGAUAUUUACAAGCCAGACACUUACGCGAGCUGCGAUUCUGAAGAGUCUGAUGUUUUAGAGUCCGUCUUGGUCAAUGGGAUGGUACCUGCUGUUGCUGAACCUGAAUCCCACCAAUCUCCACCUAGCGUGGUUCGGCGGAGACAGAUUGGCUUAUCAAACCCAUUUCGAGGUCUUCUAAAGCUGGGUCAGCUGGAGCGGCGUGGUCCUGUGGGUCUGUGGCGUGUUUGUCACUGCGAGCUGUCACCAUUUGAGCUGCGCCUGUAUGCCGAUGAUGAGGAGCGUAACAUCUGUGAAAACCGCUCGCUGCUACGCUGUGAAGACGUACACCUGGGCUCCGAUGGCCGCUUCCAUCUCGAGUUCCCCGGAAAGAAGCUCCAGCUGCGAGCACCAAGCAAGGCUGAGGCUGAGGACUGGGUGGAGCGCAUUUUAGAGGCCGUGAGUAAUGUGCGGCACCAACCACAGGAUGACUGGGAUGACCUCUCGCCCUCUGUCAUGCCUGUCUCUAUACCCACUGAGCCGUCCAGUCUGCCCGAGACAGACUGGAACAGGCCCUGUGAGCCAGAACCCGAUGCCUUAAAGGAGGCCGUGGUGCUCCUGAACCGGGACGAGCAAGGCUGGUGUUUGGUAGUGCUAUCUCUUUCGUUGGAGGUGCUUCAAGGUUUUUCGAUGCAGAACAGGUGUAAAACGCGCCUUUUCUCCCACGGCAUCGAUGCUGUGAGAGAUGUGGUGCCUGCUGUGGCACUGGGUGGGCCUGCCUUCUUCAAGGUUCUGACAGCAAAGGAGACACUAACUGUGCAGGCGGAGAAUGGUGAGGAGGCACAUGCCUGGAGGAGCUGUAUCCGCGUGGCGCUGGAUUCGUACCUGGAGGAUGAGAAUGUGACAGGAGGUGACAGGACAUCACUGAGUGGAGGCAACAUCCACAGACUCGUUCAGCACAGUCUUAAGGAAGAUGCAGUGCUGCUGCCCUAUCUGAAAGCUGUGCCUAAUGAAAAAGGGCUAAAUGCACAGAACUUCAAAUGUGCAGGCUGUCCCAGACAGAUUGGUGUAUCUUUGGGACGAGCCAGGCUUUGCGAGUUCUCGGGUCAAUACUACUGUGAAAACUGUCACCAAGGUGACACCACCAUCAUCCCCUCUCGCAUGGUGCACAACUGGGAUCUCACUGCACGUGAGGUCUCCAGGCAGGCCAUGAAGCUGCUGACCGAUAUUGAGCACGAGCCCUUACUAGACCUUGACGUCUUAAACCCUGACCUGUUUGAUCACACUGAAACCAUGGCCAAAGUGCAGGGCUUCAGACAAAGACUCCGCCUCCUUGGAGAUUACCUGCUCAUUUGUCGGAGUGGAAUCCGGAAAAAAAUUCAGGCCAGGUUGCAGCAGAGAACCUACCUGCUAGAAUGGAGUCAUCUCUAUAGCGUGCUGGACCUCAGGCAGAUAGCAGACAACCAGUAUGAGUCCUUCCUGCAGUCUCUCAUCCAGUUCUCGUGCAGCCACGUGCAGCACUGUGAACUCUGCACUCAGCGAGGGUUUAUCUGCCAGAUCUGCAACGCAGACAACAUCAUUUUUCCUUUUCAGUUUGACACCACAUCUAGGUGUAAGGCAUGCAAAACUGUUUUCCACUCGUCCUGUAAAGCCCAGAGCGUCACCUGUCCUCGCUGUGAACGUCUGCAGAGAUAUAAGGAACGAGAUCAUCUGGAAUAAAACAUGUUUUAUUGUUUUAAACAUGUUUCAAUAUUGUUUUUACAUGUUUUUAUUGUUUUAAACAUGUUCAACAUGUUUUAAACAACAACUUCUCCACACAUUCCCCAGCACCGGUGUAACUGACCCCGUGGCACAGAAUGUUCCUCACAACCACCACUAGCUGUGAUCUGACUGCUGCAGAGCUCAAGCAGUUCCUGGAGUUUAAUCUUAAUGUAUUUAUUUACACUGCCUUAAGUGCACUUAUUUAUAUAAUCUAUAUAUGUAUAGACUGACCUUAUGCACUGUGGGUGUGUAUUGCCAAGCAAACAAUAUGAGAACUCUUUAACUUGCACUAACUGAGAAACCAGUAACGUCUCUUCGGUCAGUAUGAGAUGAAGCUCUACCGGACGGAAGAUGCUUUUUCUUUUAUUCAGUACCCUUGAGACACGCAUACUCCUUGGAGAAAAAGCACUUCAAGGGUUUUAUUAUUAGCGAUCAUAUAAGUUUCUUUUUUUUUUUUACCUUGUUUAAGAAACACAGGAAGCAGUGUUUUUGCCAAGGAUCAUAUGACCCCAUGUUUUUACAUCUACCUUUGCGUUGUUUUAUAACGGGUCUGUAUUUUAAUGUGAUUUGUUCUUAAUAGAAAUGAAGAUCUGA